GCCGAAGAUCAGUCUCUAGAAUCCUUAACAAGAGGGUUCUUUCAGUGGUAUCAGAGCCCGGUUGUAGGCACUCGUUCCAGAAUCAUGUCGAGAUCCGAAGUUCCCUCAAUUAAAGAACUCACCAUGGUUCUUAGAAUGAAGUUGGAGGCUGCGAGAGUGGAGAUGAGUCCAAUCCCACCUCCAAUCGCAACCGUAAUCGAACCGAUGGUCGCAGAAACGGAUUUUGAAGAGUGGCUGGAACAACCAGCAUUCCCAACCGAGCUCGAACAAAGUGGGAACAAGCCACUUGGGAUGAUGGCGACAACGGAGAAGCCAGCCGCGUCGAUCGAGAAGGCAGCGGCAGCAGUGACUGUCGUCCUUGUGACCUCACCAUCAUUGCGAGUAGGUUCUCCACUAGACAACGGCGCGGAAUCAAAGGGAGAGGUCGCUGGGCCGAUAUGCCUUCCCCGGCGCCUGUUGAGCAGCGCGCGGCCGGAGAAAGACGCGGAGCAGGUCUGCCGGGGUUCUACUCCUGCGGCGCGAAUCGCGCGGAGGGUGUCGUGGAUUACGGCGAACCCAGACGCAGCGACAACGAACGGGAUUCUGUUCCGGGUGAGGUCGGACGAGGAAGAGGAGCUGAAGACGAUGACCGAGAAGUCGGCGUUGCACCGCUCGGGACCGGUUGCGGACGAAGAGACGAAGGCGAGGGCGGUUAUCAUCGGGUCGAGCUUGCCGAGUCGCCGCGGGAUGGGCUACUCGCCGACUUCAGGCUGGCCACCAUGCAUUCGAUCGGGUUGCUCGCCGCCGGGAAAAGAAGUUGCGAGGAGGAUGGAAGGCAGCGUUUUUUCUCCUCCAGCAACCCUAAGUCGGCCGCCAGAGGAAGGGCCAGUCUGUUUGGGUCGUUCUGCUUACCAGGCAGCAAGUCCUUAUGGGCCAAAGUUGAGUAUCAGGCCUGUUUUUGGUGGGGUUGAGUUCGUGGGCCGAGUUCAGUUGGGCUUGAGUUGACUAAAGACAUAAGCAAGUUGGGCCGAGCUGAAUAUGAAAAAUACCAACAGCUCUAACGGGCUAAGAGGAGUGGAGUGUUUUUAUGAUGGGCUGGGAAGUAAUAAGAAAGAGCAUGGGUUCUCGAUGGGUCGAGCUCUGUUGGGCCAACCGUGUGGGCUGGCAAUAGGGGGAGAAGCCCAGUUCGUCCCUUGCCUCUUGAUAAAAGGAAGUGGGCCGAGUUUCCAAAGAAAGCUUGGGCCACCAAUGAGCUCUCCUGUUGGGUUUAUUUUGCAGGAACCAAUAAUGAAGGAAAAGAAAGAUGGGUUUCAAGG